UUUUUUUUUGUACUCAAGUGUUUUUGUCUGGUCUGAAUUACACUGAAGGCAACAAUCUGAACACCAAGGUUCAUGAUGCUGGGAAGAUUUCUGCUGCUUUUCUUGUUCUGCAUGGGGAAUGCAGCAGGCCAAGAUGAGAAAUGCCCCUGUGGAUGGAAAAAUUCUGGAUCUCGAUGCUUUAAGUUUUUCUCCACGUCUGUUAACUGGAACACAGCAGAGAAAAACUGUCAAAGUCUUGGUGCGAAUCUCGCUUCGGUGCAUAAGAAAGCAGACAAUAUUUUUCUGCUGAGUUUGGUGCCCGCUUCCACACGCUGCUGGAUUGGUGGUCAUGGUGGUGAACAAGAUGGACAGUGGUUGUGGACUGAUGGGUCUAGGUUUAGUUAUACCAACUGGUGCUCAGGAGAGCCUAGUAAGGGGAACGAGAACUGCUUGGAGAUCAAUUUUACAUCAAAGCAUUGCUGGAACAAUCUGGGCUGUUCAACCGCAAUGGGCUAUUUGUGUGCUAAAAAACUGUGAAUGCAGUGAUCCUCUUACAGUUGCCUGAACUGCUCACUUUACAGUGUUGAGAAUAACUUCAACUGAAUAUCCUAAUACCUUCUCUGUAUCCCACUUUAAACCAAUAAAACCAAAGCAAACUGUA